AUGUCCACCAUCGUCUGUUUCCCUGGCUUCCUCGCCCUCGCCGCUCCUCGUUGUGGCGUUCAUCCUGCGGGAACAUGCACCGGCAACCCAACAGAGCUCUGCUUUUUCGAUCCUUCGGUGUGGGCGACGCAGUGCGGUUCGCUGGGCAACAUCGCGGUCGUGCACGCGCUCUUUUCGGGCAAGGCGGGCGGCGACUCGCUGCUGCGCAAGACCUUCACACGGCUGCCGCCGCACCGAGCCGCCCAGCUCGACCUGCGAUUCCUGCGCAUCGACGCCGCCUUGUCGGGCUCAGCGCGCCUCCUCGUCGAUGGGGCUGUCGCGUGGGAGCAGCCGCCUCUCGGGGAGGUGCCACCGCGCCAGAUUUGCGGCCACCCGGCCGACGGCGGCGGCGGCGAUUUCAUCGAGCGCACGUUCGCCGUCCCCACGCCGCACGAGGCGCUGCGGGUGCGGCUCCUCUUCGUCAAGGUCGAUUCGUGGGACAACGAGCUCGCGCUGCUGCUCGUGGACGGCACACGGACGCCCUAG